AUGUCCUGCUCCGUCGCCAUCCCCAGCUCGCCGGUCUUCUCCCCGUCGCGCCGCCCGCUCUCCUGCAAGGCCGCCUCCGCCUCCGCCUCGCCCGAGUCCGUCUCCGUGUCCGUCUCGUCCCCGGCGCCCUCCACCGCCGGCUCGCCGCUCCGGCCCUUCGGGCUGCUGCGCGCCCAGAUCCGCGAGGAGGCCUCCCCGUCGCCUAAGACGUCCUCUGCGGCCCCCUCCGCCGCCGCCGGGUCGAUGCUCAAGAGGCGAAGGCCGGCGCCGCUCAUGGUGCCGGUCGACGGCGCCGCGGCCGCUGCUGCCGCGGCGGCGGCCGUCGCCGCCGUGGAGUCGGAUCCGAGCAACGAGGUGGAGGAGGAGGGCGACGAGUUCGCGGCCUACUGCCGGAGAGGGAGGGGGAGGAGAAGGGUGGAGAUGGAGGACCGGCAUGUGGCCCAGGUCGCGCUCGGUGGAGACCCCCAAGUGGCGUUGUUUGCUGUAUUCGAUGGCCACGGCGGAAAGAACGCGGCAGAGUUCGCUGCCCAAAAUAUGCCCAAGUUCAUGGCAGAGGAGGUGAGGAAGGUGGACGGUGGUGACAGUGAUGAGAUUGAGGGGGCUGUGAAGAAAUGUUACCUGAAGACGGACGAAGAGUUCCUCAAGAGGGAGGAGAGCGGGGGAGCAUGCUGUGUCACUGCAUUGCUCCAGAAGGGCGGCCUCACCGUGUCCAACACUGGAGAUUGCCGUGCUGUCCUCAGCCGGGCAGGAACGGCCGAGGCACUCACCUCUGACCACCGGGCCUCCCGUGAGGAUGAGAGGGAAAGAAUUGAGAAUCUGGGCGGGUUUGUUGUGAACAACCGAGGGACAUGGCGAGUGCAGGGCUCCUUGGCAGUGUCAAGAGGCAUCGGCGAUGCACACCUCAAGCAAUGGGUGGUGGCUGAUCCAGAUACCAGGACACUCCUUGUUGACCCACAGUGCGAAUUCUUAGUACUUGCCUCUGAUGGCUUGUGGGAUAAGGUGGAUAACCAGGAAGCCAUAGACAUCGCCAGGCCUCUCUGCAUCGGCAAUGAUAAGGCUUCUCGCAUGGCCGCCUGCAGAAGGCUUGUUGAAACCGCGGGUUCCAGGGGGUCUACCGAUGACAUCAGUGUUUUGAUCAUACAAUUGCAGAAGUUCUCAGGUUCUUCUUAA